GUGCGGUUCGCUUUGCUCGGCCGAAGAAUCGAAUCGAAUCGAAUUGAAUCGAAAGCUAGCGAAGACAGGAGACAAGAGGCGAUUGGUGUCGCCGUUCCAAGACACAGUUCCAAAAAGAAAAUAUAUAUAGACAUAGACAUACAUAUAGUGUAGCUAUAGACGAUAGAUACUCGGUUGUCUGCCGGUUCGUUAUUUAUAAAUUCGAUAUUUUUGGAACCAAAACGAGUUGCUUACAUUACGCGCUCGCGUGUGUGUGUGUGUGUGUGCGAGUGUGUAUCCCUGUGUGUGUGAAAAUGCUGCUCGCAAAAUUGUGAAACGCGCACAGAAAAAUAAUUAAAACAAGAAUUUCUUAAAAUUCAAUUUAAGAAAUUCGCAUUUAAAUCAAAUAAAAUUCAAACUUUGCUUUUUGCAAUGAAAACUGUUUAUCAAAAAUUAUGCCCGCUGCUGCUGCUGCUGCUGGGUCUGUGUCAGGUCAGAGGUCAAUAUGAGCAUUACCUGGACAGUCUGCGCUCCAACGAGCUCUACGAAUAUGUCGAGGACAGCGGCAGCAUACAAUUUCUGGCCAAGGGCAACAGCGAACAGGCGCUGCUGCAAUUGGAGCAGCCCAUCAGUUUCUAUGGCGAGAAAUACGAACAGAUCUUUAUCAACACGAAUGGCAUUUUGACAUUUAACGUGGAGUUCGCCGAGUACCUGAAUCAGCCCUUUCCGCUCGAGUAUCCCUCGAUAGCGGCCUUCUACUCGAACGUGGACACCAGCAACAGCGGCGACGAUAGCUCCAUUUCGCUGUUCGAGACGCGCGAUCCCGACUCCCUCAACCGUGCCCAGCAGCUGGUGCGUUAUGCGUACAGCGAUUGGACGGACUUCGAGGCCAGGCAACUGAUUGUCGCCACCUGGCGCAAUGUGGGCUACUUCAACUCCAAGACGGACAGGCUGAACACCUUCCAGGUGGCCCUCAUUGUCGGCGACUCGCAGACAUUUGUGCAGUUCAUCUACCCACAGGGCGGACUCAACUGGCUGCAGGGCGAGGCCGGCGAGCUCGGCUUGCCCGACAUACGCGCCCAGGCGGGCUUCGUUGCCGAAGAUGGACGCUAUUACAAUCUGAAUGGUUCCGGCUCGGAGAAUGCACGUUUCCUCAGCGAGAGCACUAAUCUGGGCGUGGCCGGCGUCUGGCUUUACCAGGUGGCGCCCCUGAAUCCCGGCGAGAAUGUGCUGGCGCCCAACAAUCUGGAGACACGCACCGAGUCGCCGGCGCUGGCACAAAGCUGCAAUGGCAAUGGACACCAGUGCGACAGCCAUGCCCAGUGCUAUGACAAGUCGGAGGGCUAUUGCUGUGUCUGCGAGCCCGGCUACUAUGGCAACGGACGCUCCUGUCUGGCCAACGAUCUGCCGAUGCGUGUGACCGGCACACUGACCGGCCAGUUAAAUGGCCAAGCUGUGGACGAGGAGGCCAAGCUGCAGUCGUAUGUGGUGACCACAGAUGCGCGCACCUACACGACCAUCAAUCCGCUGAGCGCCGAGCAGGCGGCACAGCUGCGCCUGGUGCUGCCGCUGCUGACCACCGUCGGCUGGCUCUUUGCCAAGUCGAUCAAUGGGGCGGCGAAUGGCUAUGAGCUGACCGGGGGCAGCUACGAGCACAUCUCGCGCAUCCAGUACGAGACGGGCGAGCUGCUGCUGGUCAAUCAGACCUUCGAGGGAUUGAACUACUGGGAUCAGCUGUCCGUCAAGAUCGAGCUGUCGGGCGCAGUGCCGCAGAUAUCGCCAAGUGCCACGCUGCAUCUGCCGGACUAUACGGAAGAGUAUCGCUUUGUGCGGCCCGGCGAGCUGCAGUCGCUGCAGUCCCAUCAGCUGGAGCUGGUCGAGGAGCAGCGCGUGAUUGGCUUCCAGGUGGAUCAGCGCAUUGUCUACCGGAGCUGCCUGCGCGACGAUGAUGCUGAUCCCACGGACCGCAGUGUACUGCAGAAGGUCUCCAAGAUCGCUCUCGAUUUCUUUGAGCGGGAUCAGGCGCUGCGCACCAGCGCUGUCAGCAAGAUCGGCGUCGAUGCCGAGUCCAAUGCAUGCACCGACGGCAGCGUCCAGUGCGGCGACAAUGCCGUCUGUGUGCCCUACGAGGAUACCUAUCGCUGCGACUGCCGACAUGGCUAUGCCGCCCAGCUGGACGAGCGCGGCUCCGAGCUCUGCAUCGAUCUGGACGAGUGCGCCCUGGGCACCCAUGUCUGCGAUGAGAAUGCUAUCUGCUCCAACAACGAGGGCGGCUUCAGCUGUGUCUGCCUCGAGGGCUACGAGGGCAAUGGCUAUCGCUGUCUGCGCAACAAUUCGGCCGACAAUAUCGAGUACUCCACUCCGGAGUCGGAGCCACCAGUUGACAGCUCCCAGGGCUAUCCCACGGAGGAGGAUCAGCAGCAGCAGCAGCCGCCCCGACCACAGGAGCCCAGCCACGAGCAGUCGGGCGAACAUGUCGACUAUCCACCGAACCAGGGCAAUGGACAGCAUUUGGAUGAGUGCUACAGUUGCUCGCCGGACGCGGACUGUUACGAGGGACGUUGCGGCUGUCGCGAGGGCUUCUCCGGAGAUGGUUACAGUUGUGCGAAUAUCUGCGGGCACGAUGAGGUGUUCGAGCAUGGACGCUGUGUGCCCAUAUUGCUGGACGAGCACGAGGUGGAGCCGCGCUGCAAUAUACUGGGCGACUGCACGUGCCCCGAGGGCUACGAGCUGAGCGAGGAGAGUCGCACUUGCCGCUAUGCGGGCGGCUACGAUGUGGAUAAUAGCGAGGAUCUGUUGCCCUGCGAUGUGGACUCCAAUUGCCAUAUCAAUGCCCGCUGCUCCUGGUGGGAGCAUCAGCUGCGUCACAUUUGCACCUGCAACGAGGGCUACAGCGGCGACGGCUACAACUGCGAUCCCAUCGAGGAGUCCUGCGCAAUUAAACCCGACAUCUGCGACACGCAUGCCACCUGCAGCUACAACGAGCAGCUGGGCAAAUCCGAGUGCGUCUGCGAGCGUGGCUACACGGGCGACGGACAUCGCUGCCAGCUGGCCCCCGAGUGCGACGGCGCGGAGCAGUGCGGCGAGAAUGCCCAUUGCGACGGAGGCGUCUGCCAGUGCAACGACGCCUACGAGCGGGAUGUGAGCGAUCGCUGUGUGCCCACCGGACGCUGCGGCAGCGUCUAUUGCGGCUCCAAUGCCAUCUGCAAGUGGGAUGUGGCGCUGGGCGUGCAGUUCUGUGACUGCAUCGAUGGCUAUCAGGGCGACGCCUUGGCCGGCUGUCUCAGCAUACCCAUACCCUGUAAUUUGCGCAACAAUUGCGGCAUUCACGCUACCUGCGAGCCCACCGAGGAUCCUGCGAACUAUACGUGCCAGUGCAUCGCUGGCUAUCGCGGCGAUGGCUACGUCUGCAUCGAGGAGCAGAACUGCCUAAACAAUCCCACCCUAUGCGAUAUGAACGCCAAAUGCCACUCGACCAACUCGGGUCUGGUCUGCGUCUGCAAUCCAGGUUUCUAUGGCAAUGGCUCCGUUUGCUUUGAGCGUCAACAACACGACUCCAAUUUCCUGAUUGUCAGCCAGGGCGUGGUCAUAGUGCGUGUGCCUCUGAAUGGACGCGAUGUGCAGCCCAUCAAGGUGGCCUCGAUGGCCAUUGGCCUGGACAAGGACUGCGUGGAGGGACGCGUCUACUGGGGCGACAUUUCGGCCAAGAAGAUCAUCAGCGCCAAAUACGACGGCACCGAUGAGCGCAUCUUCAUCAGCACAGACAUUGAAUCACCCGAGGGCAUUGCCAUUGAUGUCAUCUCGCGCCGGCUCUACUGGACGGACUCGGUGAAGGACACCAUUGAGGUGGCCAGCCUGGAUGAUCCUACGUUGCGCGCUGUCAUCAUUAACAAGCAGCUGGUGAAUCCACGUGGCAUUGCCGUGGAUCCCUACAGAGAGAAACUCUACUGGUCCGACUGGGAUCGCUCGAACCCAAAGAUAGAGUACUCCGAUCUGGAUGGCACUGGCCGGGAGCUCUUGCUGGGCGCCGAUGCCGUCAAGCUGCCCAACUCGUUGGUGGUGCUCGAGCACAGCGGAGAACUGUGUUAUGCGGACGCGGGCACCAAGAAGGUGGAGUGCAUCAGUGCACAGAGCCGACAGAUACGCACCAUAUCCCAGGAACUGUCCUAUCCCUUCGGGCUGACCUUUACGCAGGAUCAAUUCUACUGGACCGACUGGACAACCAAGAAACUGGAGAGCGUGGACAGCGCGGGCGUACGCCAGAAGCCCAUACAGACGCCCUUCUUUGGCAGCCACAAGAUGUACGGCAUGACCGCCGUCGAGCAGAACUGCCCGCAGUACCAGAGCCAGUGCCAGAUCAAUAACGGCGGCUGCACCGAUGCCCGGCUCUGCCUGGUCAACCGGAAGGCGCCCUCCGGCAAGAGCUGCAAGUGCACCAGCGCCUCCGCCAGCUGCAGCGUGGCCACGCCCUACGCCUUUGUAACGCCACGCAAAUGAAGCCCAAGUCAGGGACUAAAAUUAAAUUAAUUGAAAAUCAAACAACAACAAAAAAAAAACAACUAUAAAAUUAAAGGAAAUACUAUUUUUGUAUACGCAUAACAAAGAAAUAUAA